AGAAACUGCCGCUGUGCGCUGUUAUUAUUGUAAGAGUAAUUUCUUUUUUACGAAAAUGGCGUCUAGUCAGGGAGGUGUGGGAGCUGUCACGUCUCUACAAAGCCAUCACUACUCUAGCGGACCUCACUGGAGCCCGGGCAUCAGCCAGUUUCAGCACCAGCAGCAGCACCACACGGCCCGCAGCCUGGACCGGGCUCUGGAUGAUGCCGUGUGCUCGGGGAUACUGAACCUGAGCGGCAGGAAGCUGAGAGAGUACCCGGGGAUGAGCUACGAUCUGACCGACACGACACAAGCAGAUUUGUCAAAGAAUCGCCUCACAGAAAUCCCUCCAGAAGUGUGUCUGUUUGCCCCCCUGGAGUCGCUCAAUCUCUACCACAAUUGCAUCAAGUGCAUCCCAGAAGCUAUCAUCAAUCUGCAGAUGCUGACUUAUCUUGACAUCAGUCGAAAUCUCCUGUCAGUUUUGCCAAAAUACCUGUUCAACCUCCCCCUCAAAGUUCUGCUUGUGAGCAACAACAAGCUUGUGUCCAUCCCUGAAGAGAUAGGCAAGGCCAAAGAGUUAAUGGAACUGGAUGUGAGCGGUAAUGAGAUCCAGGUGCUGCCAGCUCAGAUGGGGAGGCUUCAAGCCUUACGAGAACUCAACAUCAGGAAGAAUUGUCUUCACAUGCUGCCUGAGGAGUUGGCUGACCUGCCUCUCAUCCGACUUGAUUUCUCCUGCAAUAAGAUCACAGAGAUUCCUCCAGCCUACAGGAAACUCAGGCAGCUGCAGCACAUCAUCCUAGACAACAAUCCUAUGCAGUCUCCACCCGCACAGAUCUGUCUCAAGGGCAAAGUGCACAUAUUCAAGUACCUGAACAUCCAGGCAUGUAGGAUGGACAAGAAACCAGACACCCUGGACCUUCCCUCCCUCGGCAAACGAUGCCUUCCACAGCCACUUACGGAUAGCAUGGAAGAUUUUUAUCCCAGUAAGAACCAUGGGCCUGACUCUGGAAUUGGUAGUGAUAACGGUGACAAGAGGCUGUCAACAACAGAGCCCUCAGACGACGACACCGUCAGCCUGCACUCUCAGGUUUCAGAGACAGCCCGUGCUGAUGCCCUCUCGCUCCUCUCCAAAAUGGACUCCUGCAAAGAUCAGGAUCUCUAUGACUUUAUAGAGCCCAACCCUGACGAGGAUCCUGCUCUGUCAGAGUGUGAUGGUCAGCAGAGCAGUCAUGUCUCUUGUAUAAAGGAACUGGAAAAAGUUCUUAACAUGUCUCACCAAAGCAAAGAUAAAGACAGCUGGAAAGAGGAGUCAGGUUCUGACAAGGAGCAGCUAGUUGAUGAAGAGGAUGAUGAGCUGAAGGAAGUGCUGGAUCUGAGGAAGAUUGCUGUUCAACUUUUGCAGCAGGAACAGCAGAAUAGACGACGCUCCUUAAUUUGCAGAGCAGAGAGUCUUAUUCACCGACGGAGAGUGACUGGCCGGGCACACAGGUUCCUAAGUCACUCUGGGAGCUCCAGCAGCAAACCAAGGCCUCCGCCUCAGACUGCUCGAAGUGCUUCUCUGGAUGAAGGAAGUAGUGCAGCAUCAGUGCUAAGUGGACAGCCAUCUUCUUCCUGCUCCUUUGAUGGCAGCCUGAAGACAGAUCAGUCAGAUUCAGAGCCAAAGUGGCCCGAAGUCCCACCUGUCCUCAAUCAAAAUGAAGAUCGCAGGAGGAACAAGUACCUGAGAAAAGAUUACCUUAAGUACAAGUGUCAGAGCGCUCGGAAAAACUCCAGUGGGAAUGAUGACUGUGAGGAGGGCUUGCGCAACAAUGAUUUCAGUACCACUUUGACAGUGUUUGGACUAAAACCAAGAUCAGCCUUCACCAGAGGAAGCCGUCAGGAGUACAGCUCGACAGACCCCAGCUUCACUAUGAGAAGGAAGAUGGAGCACUUGAGAGAGGAAAUGGAACAGAUAGGACUCUUACGGCAGAACAUUGAGUCCAGACUGAAGGUGUUGCUCCCAGACGAUGUUGGAGCUGCUCUAAUGGAUGGGGUUGUUCUUUGCCAUUUAGCCAAUCACAUUUGUCCUAGAUCUGUUGCCAGCAUCCAUGUACCAUCGCCUGCAGUGCCAAAGCUUAGCAUGGCUAAAUGCCGUAGGAAUGUGGAGAACUUCUUGGAUGCCUGUAAGAAGCUGGGUGUUCCACAGGACAAGCUGUGUCUGCCCCAUCACAUCCUAGAGGAGCGCGGUCUGGUGAAGGUGGGCGUGACUGUCCAGGCUCUGCUGGAUCUGCCCACUCCGAAGCCCACACAACUGUCAGCUGUUUGACACAAGCCUGAAUGUUGCAUCCAACCUGUAGUCAUUCAGCCAACCCCUGUCCCCAGCCCAAAACCACAUCCUAUCGCCAGGGACCAGAGAGCCCGUCGGGGUGAGGACCCAGUGGGCGGUGGGUUUUUGGGAGUCUGCUUCUGCCUGACUGAAACAGGAGAAAGGAGGCUGAAAUACCUCUGUCUUCUCAUAUGAUGUCAGCUGCCACCAUUAUAUUUUCAUUUGUAUCAUGUUCUAGUUACUGGGUCAUCCUGUAUGUGUUUGGACUAGCAAUGUUACUGUGUUUUUCCUGAGCUGCACAGUUUGGACUUGUACGAGGAGAGAGAGACAAGCAAAAGGGUCUAAAGAAAGACCUGUGCAUCCCUCUCAACAUGCUCAGUGAUUAAUGAGCCUACAAGUGCCCGUAAUGACAACAUUUCAAUGCAGGUGUUGGAGACAUCGGCAGUUAGGAGAUGACAGACAGGGACUCACUUUUUAAUUAAAGAGACCUAAGCUGCACGUUGGCCUCGUAACCCAAAACCACUGACUGACCUCAAGUGGUUUUUACACUCUUGAGUUUCUCUCCUUUUUUGUGUAUCUGUUUUCUCAUGAAAAUUCAUUUUUGAAUUUAUUAGCAUUCUAUUUUUUACACGGUUUGCA